GUCUGUGGCCAGGGAGAUGGCCAGCACACACGGGUCCUGGGUGGCCCUGGGUAAGAGAGGGAGACUUGUCUGCCAUGUGAGGGCCGCUCCACCACCAUCCUUCACCUGGACUACUGAAGAUGUUAGAAAUAUUCACAACAAUGAGAAAUACACCAUCCAUAAGGCAAAGUUGUUGGAUGAGCUGGUGCUGUGGGCGUCAGUACUGGAGGUGGAAGUCAUCACCCAACACGACUACCGAGACUACCACUGCUCUGCUUCCAACGACCUGGGCACAGACUCCACCACCCUCACUCUCAUGCCUCCCACACACCCACGCCCACCUGCCAACUUUACUAUGGUUAACGUGAGCGAUGUGUCAGUAGUGCUGGGCUGGUCACCUAACUUAGACGCUGGGAUGCCUCAUAGCUUUACUGUGAGGUACAGGGCUGACGGCACACUAGACUACGAGUACAAGGAGGCUGACGGAGGGUCGACCGGGGUGAGAGUGGAAGGGCUGUCACCAGGCGUGAGGUACACCUUCAGCGUCAAGGCCGAUAAUGACCAGGGCAGCUCCGACUACUCCACACCUGCCGUCACGGUCACCACGCUCGGUACUAGCAUAAGUAGCGGCCACCGUCUCACCAGUUACCUCCUGCUGGUGAUCAUCAUGUCAGCGAUGGCCCUCCUGGUGCUCAACGUGGCCAUCAUCGCCUGCAUCUUACAGCGCCACAAAAAGAAGAAGAAACAUCCCUCAAGAUGUAAGGCGUCCUCCUCUACCAAGACUACCUCGGUAACUACUCAAGGUGGCGGCAAUACAUCAACCUCCAGCCCCGAGGAUCACCAUCAUCUGCACCACCACCACCACCACCACAUCCUCAAGAGUCUCAAAUCAAGGUCUUCCAAGACUACUGAAGCUUAUCAGGCUGAACAUCACAACAAUAAAGGCCGUGGACAAAAUACCAACUUACCGCGCCCUUCAGCUUCAGGCCAGACACAUAAAAGCAGCGCUAACAAGAACCCCAAAACUGUCAGGAAGUGGACCGGAACCUUGAAGCGCCGAGGCAGAAUACCAGACACUGUUCACUUGCACACCCAAGAAAUUAAUAAACCUGAUUCUACUCUCUCCAGGAAUAGGUUAUUUGGAAAUGGCAGACUACCCAACCACAGUAAAGAGAUAGUACCGUCUACAGCCAGCCCAGAAGCCUCCUCCCUUAUCCCUAGACUCAGGGAUAACAUAACUCCUCAGCUACAACAGAGGAACUCUGUCUUAGACGAUGACCAAACGUCUGACUCAUCACACGAGAGCACUGACACUGCCAUCUUCUGUGAUAACUCAGCCAGUUCACCUCAGCCCUCUGGACAGACACAUUCACAUACUCCUAAAGAACACGACGCUUUGUCUUAUGCACAACAAAUUAAAGAAGACUUACAGCAACACGAACGAAGCGAAAAUAUCCAGCAGGCGCUACAGCACGGACAGCCAACAAAACAUCCCACAAAACAAACUACACAAACUGACUCGUUCAUAACUCUGACUGGGGCUCACUCUUCCACUUACCACCAACAGCAAAAUAACUAUCACCAGGCUUACGUCUCUGAAGGAGCAGGUCGGGAUUCAAGGCCGCGGAGCAACAUAGACUCUCUGCUAGCACAGUCCAUCACUCAAGGGCAACCUGACAGACGUGGCAACAUUCACACCAGUCCCAGAACUUCCAGAAGUGGCAUCCUCCACCAGCAGCGACCUAACUCAUCACCAACGGGUGCACUACGCCAUCACACGCCUGACCGUCAACAGCAUCUACCACCCUCGUCACCAAUUAUCAGGAUCCAACAUCACAAAAUGCAGCUCACCUCCCCAACUAGAGUCCAGCACCGCCAGAUAGUAAACGACUCACCAACCAAAAUCCAGAAGGGCCAGCUACGAUCAGACUCACCGACCAGAGUCCAACACCGCCAACUGCCCUUAAGCUCACCAGAUAGAGACCAAUUUCGCCGUUUACUUGAAGAUUCACUGACCAAAGUCCAGCACCGCCAGCUAACACCCGACCCACCACCAAGAGGUCAGCAUCGCCGUUUGCCAACAGAUUCACCUUCCGUAGUCCAAAAGCAUCACCCAGCUAGGCCUACAUCAGAAAGUCAAAAACACCAUAGCCUACUCGCUGACCCACCAACUGAGGUCCAACAUCGCCCACCACCUGUUCCCCAGAGUCCGACAAGGCAUCGGUCCCCACCAACCCGACCCAAACUACGAUAUCACCGUCCACCCACCCCACCCAAACUACGACACCACCCUCCACCCACUCCACCCAAACCUAGUCCUGCACAGUACAGCCCAAGUUCAAAAAUUAGACACUUGGGUCAGAUAGACAAAAGUGACAACCAAAGCAUUAGCAUCCCUGAAGUCUACCAGCUCCCUCACUACACAGACGAUCCUAAUGCUGAAGACAAUAUCAUCGCCUCAUCUGCCAUAUUAGACUCUUCACACCAAGAUUCAACUCAGAGAGCGUAUCAGUUAGCCCAAAAUGACAGCUGUACCUCCCAGGGAAAUAUGCUGGUGUCUCAGUCCCUAUCACAAGUAGUCCAUGCUAUGAGGGAAACCCAGGCUCCUGUGGCCACAAGCUCACCCAUCACACGACCACGACGAUCCAGAUUCCCUGAUGAUUUCAUAUGGCACGGAAAUCCAGGCAAGUCGUGACCAACUAGAUAAGUGUUUUAGGUGAAGUGGUAACACAGGUUCAUACUCGCAGCCGAGAACAAACUGAAUAUAAGUGUUAAGUGCUGUAAAGUUGUUUAUGACAAAUGUAGAAAAUAAUUUUGUGGUUUAAGACUUUUGUGAAUUAUGAAAUUAACUUUCCAAGCCAGUUGAAAGGUUUAUAAUUAUCUGAAUAAUUACUGCACUAUAAGCGGAAGUGAAACAAUAACAUUACGUACAGUCCAACAGUGCUCUACAGAUACACUAUACUGUAAUAUAAAGUGUGAGAUGAUUUACGUUAACUUUACAUAUAGAAAGAGUUUACUUGAAUUUGUCAUCAAUUGUUAAUUUAUUGUCUAUAUGCAUACUUGUAUAAAUGCAACGCAUGAUGAUAAAUAUAUAUGUAUUAAAAAUAUACUAAGAGCAUAAUUCUUUCACCAAAAACAAUAUUUUUUCAACUCUUUUUACAAGAGCUACCGCGGACAGCAUAUGGACGAAUAUUAACCUUAAAAACAGGAACAUCACUAAAUAAAUUCAUUCAGCUUCGUUCUUUA